AUGACAGAGGCAGAGAUUGGGCUGGUGGAUGGAAUCUUCAGCCGUGAGUCUGUAUCAGUGGGUCUGAGCACCUUCAUGAUAGACGUGACCCAGAUGAUUCAUUCCUUGAACCACAGCACUAGGGAUUCUCUUUUUCUAGUGGAUGAAUUUGGUAAAGGAACCAACACUGUGGAUGGAUUGUUUCUUCUGACCGCAUGUCUCAAUCACUGGCUGCGUCGUGGGCCACAGUGUCCUCACUUACUUAUGUCGACAUGCUUCCACAGCCUCAUACAGCUGGGCUUGAUCUCUGAUUCUCCACUGCUGGCUUUACUGACUCUAGAAACAGCUAUAGAGGGAGAAGAGCUGGUGUUUUUGUACCAAGUCAAAAAACGGCAUCUGCCAGUCGAGUUGUGCAGCUAA